AUGUCAACUACCUUUCCGGGACUAGUCCACGAUGCCGAGAUACGUCACGACGGAUCAAACAGCUACCGUUUGAUGCAGCUUGGCUGUCUGGAGUCCGUAGCCAAUUCCACUGUCGCCUAUUCCUCCUCCUCUCCUUUAACUUACUCCACCACCGGCACAGAGUUUGCGUCCCCCUACUUCUCCACUAACCACCAGUACACCCCGCUCCACCACCAGUCCUUCCAUUACGAGUUUCAGCACAGCCACCCGGCCGUCACCCCCGACGCCUACUCUCUGAACUCGCUCCACCACUCGCAGCAGUACUACCAGCAGAUCCACCACGGGGAGCCCACCGACUUUAUUAACCUGCACAAUGCGCGGGCACUCAAGUCGUCCUGCCUGGACGAGCAGAGGCGGGAGCUGGGCUGCCUCGAUGCCUACCGCCGCCACGACCUGUCCCUCAUGAGCCAUGGCUCUCAGUAUGGAAUGCAUCCAGAUCAAAGACUCCUGCCAGGGCCCAGCCUGGGGCUGGCCGCCGCGGGAGCGGACGACUUGCAGGGCUCUGUGGAAGCCCAGUGUGGGCUUGUUCUCAAUGGUCAAGGUGGAGUGAUAAGAAGAGGUGGCACCUGUGUGGUCAACCCCACAGACUUGUUUUGCUCUGUCCCUGGCCGUUUGUCCCUUCUCAGUUCAACUUCCAAAUACAAGGUGACCAUUGCUGAGGUAAAGAGGCGCCUCUCACCGCCUGAAUGCCUCAAUGCUUCACUGUUGGGAGGCAUUUUGAGAAGAGCAAAAUCCAAGAAUGGGGGCCGCUGCCUGAGAGAGAAACUGGAUAGGCUUGGCCUGAAUUUACCAGCAGGAAGACGGAAAGCAGCCAAUGUUACCCUCCUUACUUCUUUAGUUGAAGGGGAAGCUUUACACUUGGCUCGGGAUUUUGGCUACACUUGUGAAACAGAGUUUCCAGCCAAAGCUGUAGGAGAACAUCUUGCCAGACAACAUAUGGAACAGAAAGAACAGACAGCAAGAAAAAAGAUGAUCCUAGCCACCAAACAAAUUUGUAAGGAAUUCCAAGACCUCUUGAGCCAAGAUAGAUCACCACUGGGAUCCUCCAGACCCACUCCAAUCCUAGACCUUGACAUCCAGAGACACUUAACACAUUUCAGUUUGAUCACCCAUGGCUUUGGGACUCCAGCAAUAUGUGCAGCCCUCAGCACCUUCCAAACAGUCCUCAGUGAAAUGCUGAACUACUUGGAAAAACACACUACCCACAAAAAUGGCGGAGCGGCAGAUUCUGGCCAAGGACAUGCCAACUCGGAGAAAGCCCCCCUGCGGAAAACUUCAGAGGCUGCCGUGAAAGAGGGCAAAACAGAAAAGACAGACUAGCUACAUCAAACAGAAUCUAUUUCUAGAGAGUCUUGCUGCUGAUAUUUUUUCUAAUAUAUAUAUCAUUGAGGGUGAUUAAUCUUCAGUGGACCAAAUCUCUACCCUCCCCUAACCCUCCAUAAAAAACAAAAAUGGAAAUGAAAAAUGAAACAAAAAGGACAAAACCCCCCAAAAAAAGAAAAAAAAAAGGAAAACAGCAGUGUAACCGUGUGAUGAAAUUGUCACUUUUUAAUUUUAUGUUAUGAUAAACCCUUUUUGUGCACGUAAUUUAUUGUUCCAGAUUAUAUACAUCACAGUUUUUAAGCACUUCUGGACUCUGGAGAGGCAGCACAUGCUUUUUCACAUCUAACUGAUGCACUUUCUUAUCCAACUGUGUAGUUAGGGAUUAGAAAGCAUGACCAACUGGAAUCCACCACCUGUGCUUCCAGCUCCAGCCUUUCUUCAGUUAAUUCCCUGGUAACAGAAGAGUGCCUCUUUCCAUUAAAUAGACCAGUCUGGCAAUCAAUCCAUCAAUAAAUGCUUUGGGAACCGAAAAGGGCAGUCAUGAAUCUUUGUCCUGUGAAUUCACAGCAAUUCUAAAAUGUUGGUCGUUCCACUGAACUUAUAUUUUGGUUAAGCCCACUUAACUACCAGUGCCUUGGUGGUAUUUCAAAAUUCCAGAAAACUCUGCCCUCUUUAUGUAUGACCAAUCCCACCCUGCCCUAAGAUCUACUCCCACUCCAUAACUAAGAAGAAACAGCAUAAUAUUGAAGAGAUAAGAGAUGAACUCUUCUAUUCAUUUUCUUCGCAACCCCAGCCUAACAGUUCAAGGAAGUAGACUGCACUUUGUGGCUCGGGGCAGGAUGGCUACAGGAAAGGGUAGCUUUGCUGCUCAUGGGCUCCUAAAGGGAAGCAGUGGUAUUGUGUUGCCUGGAAAAGCAUGGAAAUAGGAACAAUGAUGUUUCCAGAAGUCCUAGCCCCUCAGAGACAGGAGAGGAGCCCAGGGGACUAGUGGAGGCCCCUUGAAGCGCUGGUGGCUGAUGAUUGUAUGGCUAAAAUAUGAGCCGUUCUUUUUCUACCUUUGUGCUUCUUCUACAUGCCUGAUGGCUGUGUUCUAAACCUUUAGAGGCACAGAAGCAUUCGGGUCUGUGUUCAAUAAAGAAAACAAAAUCAGAAUGA